AUGUACAAUAAUAAUAAUAACAAUAAUAGUGGAUACGGAGGAGGUUAUAAUAAUAACAACUCUAAUAAUAAUAGAUUUGGUGGAGGUGGAGGAUAUAAUCAACAACAAGGUGGAUUUAACCAACAACAACAAGGAGGAUAUAAUAAUCAACAACAAGGUGGAUUCAACCAACAACAAGGAGGAUACCAACAACAAGGUGGUAGUUAUAACAACAAUCAAGGAGGUAGACCACAACAACAACAGCAAUAUCUCAUUGAUGUAGAUGAUUAUGGAGGUGGUAACGGAUACAACAACAACAACAACAACAAUAGCAAUAACAAUGGACUAUCUUCAUAUGAUGAUAAUGGUUUUUCUCCAGAGUACCAAGCAACCACCAAAAAUAUACAUCAAAUUACAGUAGCCGUAUCAACACUUACGAGAUUGGUUCAACAAUUAGGUACUCCAAAAGAUACUAUGGAAGUUAGAGACAAAAUUCGUACUUGUGUUUCUUCAACUACCCAACUCAUUUCAUCAGAAUCAUCAAAGGUUAAGACUUUAACAAGUUUAGCCAGUCGUGCCAGAGAUCAAAAAACUAAAUUAUCAUAUCAAAAAUUAGUAAAAGAAUAUAAUGCAUGUUUACAACAAUUCCAAGAGAUUGCACAAGUUGCAACAAAGAAGGAAAGAUCUACACCAUUACCACAACAAAACAAACCACAACCACAACAGCAACAACAACAACAACAACAAUUUGGAAGAUAUGGUGGCAACAAUCAAUUCUAUGAGGAAGAGGAAAACGAUACUGAAAGAGAAAACCAAAGUUUAUUGGAAGCAUCUCGUCGUCAACAAUUGAGUCAAGUAGAGUCAGAGAGAGAAUACCAAAACUCUAUCAUCCAAGAACGUGAGGAUGGUAUUCGUCAAAUCGAACAAUCCAUCGUCGAGAUUAAUGAAAUCUUUAUGGAUCUCUCCAAUUUGGUCUCUGAACAAGGUGUCAUGUUGAACACUAUCGAGCACAGUCUCGAAUCUACCGUCAUGAAUACUCAAGAAGGUGUUGUACAAAUUAAACAAGCAAGCCAGCAUCAACGUUCGGCUAGAACUAAAAUGUGUUGGCUCGCUCUUAUCCUUUUCAUCGUCGCUGGUGUUUUGGCUGUCAUUUUAUAUUUCACAAUUAAGAAAUAA